AAUAACCUUAUCCGAUUUCUCCAAGAUACAGAUCACGAUCAGACAUUGUUGGCUUUUGGUCGUACAUCAGCUACUAUCAUGGUCUCGUCGUCGUGCGACGACUCCUUCGGGCCACAUGCUGGUGACUGUAGAGGUGGUUUCGACUUUACACUGCUUUUUGAAGAGUCGAUACUUACUUUACCCAUUACUGCCCUGGUGCUUCUCGCUGCCCCGUGUCGAGUUGUCUACCUCCUGCAAAAGAACAAGAUCAGCUUUCUUGUCUUGUGGACUCAGCCUUCCGCAGUCGCCACCAAAGCCUCUUUGCCAACUGCUGCCCUAUCCUUUGUCGCGUCAAUCGGCCUCUUGUGCCUAUCUUAUGUCGAGCAUGUCUAUUCCUACCGACCAUCAACAGUGGUCAUCCUCUUUCUACUCUUCUCUGCUCUUUUCGAUGCUACACGAACACGAACAUUAUGGCUUCAAGGCUACAACCGGCCCGCCGCCAUUACCGCGCUCAUCGCGACCGUGAUAAAGAUUGCGAUGCUCGUUGUUGAGGCAAUCGAGAAGCGUGGUUUCUUGCGGCCCCAGUACCGUGCUUUGCCCCCCGAAGUCACUGGUAGCGUCUUGUCGCACUGGUUCUUCUCUUGGCAGAUACCGCUGUUCCGCGCUGGCUAUUCUGAACACUUGAAGAUUGAGACGUUGUUUCCCCUAGAAAAACAUUUCAAGUCUCUAUAUCUUCAGAAUCUCUUGCAGACAACGUGGGCUAAAGCAUCCAGAAGGGGCAACCAUGCUCUGAUGCUUACGGUCCUCAAGACCUUGAAGUGGCCUAUCCUGUCCAUCAUCUUCCCACGUUUGUGCUUCAUCGGCUUUACCUUUUGCCAGCCAUUCCUCAUCUCAGCAACCCUCGAGUGGGCAGGGAACAGCAGUGAUUCAGACGACAUGAACCAAGGAUAUGGCCUUAUAGGCGCAUGGUUCCUUGUCUUCAUGGGUCUAGCAGUGACGAGUGGCCAGUAUCAGCACCUCACGUACCGCGCCAUCACCAUGGCACGCGGUCAGCUCGUCUCGAUACUGUUUGACAAGGCCACAGAUAUCAGCAUCACUGCUGCUGACCCUAGCGCAGCCCUGACUCUGAUGAGUGCCGACAUUGAGAGGAUCGACACGGGAUGGCGCACCGCCCAUGACGUUUGGGCCAACUUGGUCGAGAUUGUCAUUGCAGUCUACUUGCUGGGACGCCAGCUCGGCAUUGCAUGUCUUAUUCCUGUCGGAGCAGCAAUUUUCUCCAUCAUCGGAUCUAUUAUUGCAGUCAGCUUCGUCAUGGCUCGUCAAGCCGCAUGGCUAGAAGCCAUCGAAAAGAGAAUAUCUGUUACAUCGCAGAUGCUAGGCAGCAUGAAGGGCGUCAAAAUGUGUGGACUGACCGACGUGCUUAGCACUCGUAUCCACGCCCUGCGAACCGACGAGUUGCGCAUUUCCGGCAAAUUCCGUAGGUUGUUGAUCUGGAAUAUGGUCUUGGCCUACCUCGCUCCUAUCUUUGCCCCAAUCCUGACCUUUGCAACAUACAGUCUUGUCGCCCGGUCACGGGGAGGAGACAACAACCUGGACAUAAACCGCAUGUUUACUUCUUUAUCACUGUUUGCGCUACUGAACGAGCCUAUUUCCUCGUUUGUCACGUCGUUGUCUUCUUUGAUGGGGUCCAUCGGGAGCUUUGCGCGUAUACAGUCUUUCCUCAACACAGACAUUCGUGUCGACGGCAGAAUCAUCUUACAUGAUAACAAGAGCGAAGGGUCAUCGACCACCAACUCUUUACGCAGCGAGCAGGAGAAGGACUCAGUCUCAUCCGAGAAAGAGCCUAACCCUCAGAAAGAUUCGUUGCCUAUGAAUUCUCUGGACGGCAACUGUAUCGUUGUCAAGACAGCCGCAUUUGGAUAUGAUACUACCCAGAAACCCAUCCUAAGUGAUAUCACUGCCCAAGUUCCACUGGGCAAGCUUACCCUCAUCGUGGGGCCAGUGGGCAGUGGCAAAUCAACUCUCCUCAGGGCAUUUCUCGGGGAGGUGGCAGUCAUGGCCGGAUCUAUCCAAAUGCUGAAUUUGGAAAUGGCCUACUGUGACCAAACCCCCUGGCACAUGAACGGCACCGUGCGAGAUAGCAUCAUCGCCUUUUCGCAUGUUGACGAGCGUUGGUACCAAAAGGUCAUACAGGCUUGUUCUCUGACGGAAGAUCUCGCCCAACUCCCCAAGGGAGAUCUCAGCACGAUAGGGAGUAAGGGAAUUGUCCUCAGCGGAGGUCAGAGCCAACGGGUCAGUCUAGCGAGAGCCGUUUACGCACAGAAGAGGAUUAUCAUACUAGAUGAUGUCUUCAGUGGAUUAGACAUGCACACUGAGAAUGCUGUCUUCCACAACCUACUCGGCACUGAUGGUCUCCUGCGACAGUUGAAUACAACCGUCGUCAUGGCGACUUCUCGUGCAAACCGACUCUCUUAUGCAGACCACAUCAUCAGCCUCGAUAGCACUGGGAUCGGCUGCGAGCAGGGAAGCUUCGACAAGCUGACUAAUGCUGACAACUACGUGUCUCGCUUGGCCGUAGCGUCUGCGAACUGGACAUAUAACCAAGCGACUGCUACUGCUGCCUCUAAUUCUACUUCUACCGAACCCUCGGCUGAUGCGUUGGUGGAUUCAGAAGUAGUCCUCUCAGAUGAAGCCAAAGAGGACGCGGGUCGUCGUACUGGCGACAUGGCAAUAUACCUCUACUACAUCCGCGCCAUUGGCUGGAUUCCAAGCUUGGUAUUCGUCUUUGCCAUCUGCGCCUUCAUUGUCUGCCAAUCUUUCCCCACCAUCUGGCUCAACUGGUGGGCAGCUGCCAACGCCAACGACCCAUUCGCACGGCUGGGCUACUACCUGGGGAUCUACGCAAUGUUGGGUGGACUGGCGAUUAUCUUCCUGGUCCUCAGCACCUGGCAAAUGAUCGUCACCAUGGUACCGUUGUCGGGCAACAGCUUCCACCAGAGUCUACUAAAGACGGUACUCAACGCGCCCAUGUCCUUCUUCGCAGCUACAGAUGCAGGAGUCACUAUCAACCGCUUCAGCCAGGAUCUUCAGCUCGUGGAUAUGGACUUGCCCCUCUCAGCCCUCAAUACAUUUGCCACAUUCGUGCUGUGCAUCGCUGAGAUGGUUCUGAUCUCUGUUGGUUCAUACUACACAGCCAUCGCGUUUCCCUUUCUAUUCGCCGCCUUGUGGAUGGUCCAACAUACAUAUCUACGGACAUCUCGCCAGCUCAGGUUCAUGGAUCUUGAGGCAAAGAGCCCGCUGUAUGCCCUCUUCACGGAAUCUGUCGCUGGACUGGCGACGCUGCGUGCGUUUGGUUGGCGUGAUGCGCUCGAGAAGAAGCAUCAUAACCUCCUGGAUCAGUCUCAGAGGCCAUUCUAUCUCCUCUACGCGGCUCAGAGAUGGCUGACUCUUGUUCUAGACUUGUUUGUCACAGUCAUUGCUGUACUGGUAGUGGUCCUUGUUACACAGUUGAGAGGUGUACUGCCGACUGGGUUGAUCGGUGUAGCCCUUGUCAACAUCAUCCAAUUUAGUCAGCACCUGAAGCUGCUGAUGACAUUCUGGACAACCUUGGAGACUCACAUUGGUGCAAUAUCUAGGAUCAAGUCCUUCACGUCUAAUACUGCCUGUGAGCACGAGCCGCAGGAAAAGGAGCAACCACCGCCCCUAUGGCCGUCCAAGGGCCAGAUUGUUUUCGACAAUGUUUCUGCCGGGUACAGGCAAUCUGAAAAUGUCUUGAGAGGUAUAUCCUUAUCGAUCGAGGCAGGUCAGAAAAUUGGCAUCUGUGGACGGACCGGAAGCGGUAAGAGUUCCAUGGUCUCAUGUCUUUUCCGUAUGGUGGACCUUCACGGUGGUCAAAUAAUCGUAGAUGGGCUCGACAUUAGCACGCUUCCCCGUGAGGAAGUUCGCGCUCGGCUAGUUGGCGUGCCUCAAGAUGCAUUCCUCAUCGAAGGAAGCAGCGUGAGGUCGAAUGCGGACCCUCAUCAAGGACUCUCAGAUGCCGCAAUUGAAGACGCCAUGAGAGCCGUUGAGCUGUGGGACAUUAUAGCUGAGAAAGGCGGACUUGAUGUGCUUAUUGAAGAGCUGCACCUUUCCCAUGGCCAGAAGCAGCUAUUCUGCAUUGCACGCGCUAUCUUACGCCCAUCGCCCAUCGUAGUUCUCGAUGAGGCUACCAGCAGCGUGGACUCGCAUGUCGAUGAGCUUGUGCAGCGUGUCGUACGCGAGCGGUUCGAGAAUCGCACAGUAAUUGCAAUUGUACACAAGCUCCAGUCAGCCCUUGAAGACUUUGACAUGGUAGCUGUACUUGAUAAAGGUGAACUGCAAGAGUUUGGACCUCCGCGAAAGCUUCUAGAGGAGGGACCCGAAACCUCGGCAUUUGCUGCUCUGUACGAGAGCUUGGGUACGGCAGAAAAGGAAGCAUUACAGGAAUGA